AAAACAUUUUCAACCCGAGCCUCUCCCAUCGCACAUCAGCCUCUAUCACUUAAGCCCGAUCUCAACCCUCACCCUCCAAGCCUCCAUCUCUCAAGCCCUCACCCUCCAUCUCCGAUUUGAAUCCUCACCCUCCAUCUCUCCGAUCUCAAGCUAGCCCUCACCCUCCACUUCCAAACCUUUCAUCUCCAACCUCUUGACAUUUCAAAUCUUUGGUGGUUUCGCAGAGAGAGAGAGAGAGAGAGAGAGAGAGAGAGAGAGAGAGAGGUAAUGCUGGCCGUCUUCCACAAUUGGUUCCUGAACAAGUCGUCAAGCUGAAACAACUUACUGUGCUUACACUGGCUGAGACGAACAAGGUUCUACCUUAUGAUCAACUAAUGCAGGAGUUAGAUGUUAUGAAUGUACGUGAACUUGAAGAUUUCCUAAUCAAUGAAUGCAUGUAUGCGGGCAUAGUCAGAGGGAAGCUGGAUCAGUUGCGAAGAUGCUUUGAGGUUCAAUUUGCAGCGGGGAGGGAUCUGAGACCUGGUCAACUUGGGAGCAUGAUACAAACUUUGUCAAACUGGUUGGCUACGUCGGACAAUCUACUUAUCUCAAUUCAAGAAAAGAUUAAAUGGGCUGAUUCUAUGAGCGAGUUGGAUAAGAAACACCGAAAGGAGGUUGAAGAUAGGGUGGAAGAUGUAAAGAAGUCCAUUUCACUCAAGGCAGUUUGUGGUAUUUACCGGAGUGGGAAGAUAUACUUCCAUCCAAACGACAAUGAAAUCCUGCAGCAAACUGACAAAGUGGGACUGACAAGCCCUGGUUGGAUUGGAGCUGAUGUUUGCCAUCUCAAUCUCCAUAAAACAUUUUGCAUUCCUCAUGGAGGAGGUGGUCCUGGCAUGGGUCCUAUUGGUGUGAAGAAACACUUGGCACCAUUUUUGCCAUCACAUCUUGUGGAGGUGCUUUUUCCAAGUCCUAGACACAGUUGCCAACUCUAUAGCCUUAUGGUGACCCAAAAAAGGGUCAAUAUUGUGUUAAGGGGUAUCCAGGAGAUGCACAGGAAGGCAUCUUUAGUCCUUGAGGAUGCAGUUAGAAACAUAUACACUGUUGUAGCAUUCUGUGCUGGUAACAAGGCAAACUCUUUCUCAAUCAGUCUUGAGAGGACUUCCUAGCCAGCUAUAAAUAAAUAGGAGGAUAAUGGGUCUCCUUGUCUUAGACCUCUGCUCAGCUUGAAUUGGUCGGACUUGGGUUCAAUAGUAUUUUCGUUGGGUGGAUUUUAGCUUGUGUAUCUUCUGUUUCUAGAAAAAAUAAUUUUUUAGGUUGCAAAAUAGCAACUUUUAUAUCACUUGGGAUGCCAGUGCUCUUACACAUUACACAUGCCACCAAAUAUGUGCGAGCUACCUAACAACUGGAUUAUAAAUACCGUGCCGCAUUGCCAACAAACAAAUGCAUUGGUUGACAUUGUGAACAAUAGGCUGAUUGGAAUUAUUGCCGUGGAUAGGAAACAUGUAUGGAAAAGUUUUUAUUUUUUAUAUUUUUAAAAUUUAGUUUAGAGGGAAGUUUUUUCAAACUUA